AUGCAAACCAUCCCCAUCAUCCACAUGCUUCCAAAGUCAAUCUGGAAGCUUAUCAUCCAGGAUCAGUGGGUCGACUUCGAGAAACUACACGCCUCUCUGGAACACGGUUAUGACCAUAACGACAACGCAAAGGACUUUGGGAACGGCUAUGUCAUCAUGAAGAAGGAUCACCUCACCUCACGUCGACCAAUCCGCACUGAGGCAGAGUGGAUCCGGGUCUUCGAGGCCUGGUCCACGGGUGUCACCCUCCUAUAUCCGCACCGCAGCAUGGAGCUGAAGAAAUAUCGCUUGAUCGUUGACGAAGUCUUUCGCGCCUCCCCACAAAAUGUCUCGCCGGCAAUCCGGUUUGAUGUUGAAGUUCGUAGGAAGUAUUCACGUGGCCCCUUCCGGAUGGACGAUCAUGGUGAACUCCAAGCCCUUGUCCUUGCCCAAAUGUAUCGCCCAUCGGCUACUCCUACCCUCCCCCUUGCCAAACGCAUUGCAUCAGACAGCCACCAGCCUUCUCCAGCCAAGCGUGCUGAUAUUCCAUGUCAGCUUUGGAAUAUGGGCAAGUGCAACGAUCCGUGCGUAAACCGUCGCAAGCAUGGAACAUGUUCUGAAUGUGGUGAUUCCCAUCGGGCCUAUGACACUCCCACCUGUCGUGCAAGCCUCUUUUCGCAGGGCAAGGAUGGAACAUCAGCAGACGCCUGA